GUAAAUUUCAGAGUCCUUUUUGGAGGUGAUGAUGAUGCAAGAAAACUCACCAUUGAAUCUGGAAUACCAAACACUGUUGAGGAAUUCGCUCUUCAAAUAAAGACUUUCUUCCAAGUGACUGAGCCAUUCAGACCUCAGUACAGAGACAGAAAUGGAUGAUCAGUUCAUGAACCUCUCGUCAACUUCAGAACUUGAAGAUAAAGCUACUGUGAAAGUUGUAUACCUACCUUCUGAGACAACCAGCUCUAAUCCACUCACAAGAGAUGCCAGCCCCACAAUCACAGGUAUUACUGCCAGUAUCAGCUCCUCAUCACAUGAAGAAAAUGAUUCAGACUCCUACAGCAGUAAUAAUACCAUCAUCUUGUCAUCGCCUGAGACCCGGUCCUGUUCUUGGCCCGAACACUUUGUUGUUCCUCGCUUUUCAUACUGUGCCGAGAUGAUGCUCCACACUGGAAAUAAUGACUUCAAUGCACACGGAACUGUGCUGUCUCCCAGCCCAAAAACACGUUCUGAUAUUCUUGAGGGCCUUGCUGAAGAAAUCAUGAAAUAUACAGCAUAUCCAAAUGAUGAGCAGUUAGAAGAAGUGGCCAAGGCUCUGAUACAGUCCCACCCAUGUCUACUGGAGAAAGGCACUCGCAAGGGCUACUGUGGUUGGAAACACUACUUGAAAAUAAAGAUGAUGAACUUCAGAUCAAAGCUCAGCCAAGCUGGACAUCAUGAGGUUGCAGUCAACUCUCUGAAGAAUAAAUGGAAAGGCCAGGAGAAGCCAGCAGCCAACUUCAAGAAGCCCAGGAAGGCAGAAACUUGA